AGUACUGGACCAGUAGAGAAGACAACAAAACAACCAACCAAACAUUUCCUUUAUCCAUCUGGAGACAGAAAAAGAGGAAGAUGAAGAGUUUGGCCAAACUUCAGGAAAACACAGAGCAACUGUUGACGUCUUUAUCAAACACUCUCCCAUCCUUGACCCUGAGUAAUCAGCACUGGAUCCAUGAACACACCGAAGGGAGUCUUUUACUGGAAGACAAACAGAGCUGUUCAAAGAAGGGUACCGAAUGGGAAAAUGGAGAACAAAGCUGGAACUCAAGACCCAAACACAUACCUGAGGGCAGAGAGUCAUACACACUGACGGGGCUCAGCGAUGUCUCCUUGCCUCCUGAUACACUUUCAACCUCCGUCUCCAUUGAUGACCUCUCUCCAAUCUCACCCAGCAACCAGCAGCCUCUUUCCACUAGACAAUCAUCUACAACACCCCAACGCUCCAUCAAGGCCCUCAAGAGAUGGUUGAGCAGCCCAGUUCGAAGGCUUAGUCUGGGCGGAGGUAGCAAGGGUCAGAGCUCAAAGGCCAGUCAGAGCCCAGAAGGAUCAUCCUAUAUGUUUCUCCCUCUCUCACCUACUCAAAGCCCACAGAGCCCAACGGAGAAGUCCAAAAAACUACCUCGCUCCUACAGAUCUCUGGACUGUGGUGAACUUUCAGGGCCAACGUCUCCUGACAGUCCCUAUUACCCAAGAUACCUAAAUGAUCUCUUGCAGAGGCAUCAGUCUUGUGAUGUGCAUCGAUGUGACGAGACACAGGUACAAUCACAGAGUCCAGAAGAUGAUGAGCAGGAGAGAAGAACUGCCUUAGAGAAAAGCAUAUAUGUGCUGACAGAGUUGGUAGAGACAGAGAAGCUGUAUGUGGAAGAUCUGGGACUUGUAGUGGAGGGUUAUAUGGCUACAAUGAAAAGUGUUGGUGUGCCAGAGUAUUUGGCGGGAAAGGAUAAAAUUGUGUUUGGGAACAUUCAUCAGAUUUAUGACUGGCACAAAGACUAUUUUCUUGGAGAGUUGGAGAAAUGUGUGUGUGAACCUGACCUGCUGGCACAAUUGUUUAUCAAACAUGAGAGGCGGCUCAACAUGUAUGUGGUUUACUGUCAGAACAAGCCAAAGUCAGAACAUAUCGUUUCAGAGUAUAUUGAAACCUAUUUUGAGGAACUGAGGCAACAGCUAGGUCACAGACUGCAGUUAAAUGACCUGCUCAUCAAACCCGUUCAGAGAAUCAUGAAAUAUCAGCUGCUGCUAAAGGACUUCUUGAAGUACUACACUAAAGCAGGCAGACAAACUGAAGAUCUUGAGAGGGCAGUGGAGGUGAUGCGUUUUGUUCCGAAGCGAUGUAAUGACAUGAUGAAUGUUGGAAGACUACAGGGUUUUGAGGGCCAGCUGAGAGCACAAGGAAAACUCCUGCAACAGGACACCUUCACAUUCGUUGAGAAUGAGAACAGCAUCCUCUCCCGUCCCAAAGAAAGACAUGUGUUCCUCUUCGAGCAACUUGUCAUUCUCAGUGAGCCAACUGACCGCAAGAAAGGCUUUUCCCUGCCAGGAUAUAUCUAUAAAAACAGCAUCAAGAUUAGUUGUUUGGGCAUUGAGGAUCGCUGCCCAGACGACCCAUGUCGGAUGGUUUUAACAUCUCGUAAUAUUGAUGGAAGCAUGCACCAAUUCAUUCUUCAUGCAUCAUCUCCAGAAAUCAGAAUGAGCUGGGCAAAUGACAUCAUACAGAUGUUGGAGACACAGCGCAACUUCUUAAACGCCCUGCAGUCUCCCAUUGAAUUCCAGAGAAAAGAAAUUAAAUCUCUCAGCCUGGGAAAGAACUUGACAACUUCACCCUCACUGAACCCUGGCCUGCGAGCCUACAGCUCUGCCUCCAUAGACCGCCAGGGUCUGCCCUGCCUGCACUCCUGGAAUUCUUCACAACCUUCCACGCCUCAUUAAAAGGUUUCUGUCAGUCCUGGAAUUAUAUAUUUUUUCAUCUUCCUCUACCCUCAAUGGCCCGUCUGUUACCCUCAGGAGAACAUUAUAAGGAGAUAACGGGACACUUAGUCAAUUACUUAGUUAAUUACAUCUGAUAAAAGAAGACUGAAUUGAUUCAAUUAUUCAUUAUGACCUAAUUAUUCUUUUGCCUGCCAUUUUAAUAUGAUAUUUCUCACAAACUGUAAAUCUAUGACAACCUUCAGAAUUUGACAGUGGUAACAAUCUGAAUAUUUUGAACGUACAAGAUCAACAAAUUGAAGGUACUGGACUGUAUAUGUUAAACUUUGUGUCACUGAUAGGAUAUAAUUAAGACUAAUUAAGAUGAUUAUAAAGAUUAUAUUUGUAACUACUGCUAAUUCUGUAUUACUGAAAUUAUGAAUGUGACGAUGAUUUUAGGCAUUUGACAUAUCAGGUACUGUAAAUAUCAGGUAUGUGUACUUGAUCCUUAUUGUAAAAAGACAGAAUAUCAAGCUAUCGAAUAUGAUGCUUUUUCUU